AAAUUGUAUUUAAUAUAUUUAAAUAAACUCAACUAAAAAGAUGAGUGUGAUAAUGCGAGAGGUAACUAAAGCAACGAACGAGAAGCUUGCAAGACCAGACCCUGCAAUGAACAAAACCCUUUGAGAUUUUGUCAACAAGCACCCUGACAAGUCGGAGCUUGUAGCUAAUGCUAUCAAAGAGAGGAUGCUUGAGAAUAGUACGAAAGUGCAGCUGCUCGCUCUUUUCCUUCUCGAAGUCCUUAUGAAAAAGUGUGGGUUCCCCUUCCAUAGCCAAAUAGGGGCCAAGCCAUUCAUGAAUGUGAUAAUCCAAUUGCUAAACAAUAAAAGUGUAUCCCAGCAGACUAAGAAAAAGAUACUGAAGUUGAUACAGUUCUGGGGAGUGAUGUUUGAAGAAGAUUCAGAUGUCCUACCGCUCUUCACUAACGUUUACAACGCUUUGAAGCAGAAGUCGCUUCCUUUUCCCAAAGAAGAUGAUACCAGAGCAGAAGUAGCAAAAAUCAAGAGUGGAUCAGGAGAAGCAUCAGGAGCAGCUCCCUCGAAACCGCUUGAUAAAAAGCAUACGAAGCUGAAGAAGGAUUUAUUGGUCGUUGUAGAGAAUAUUGUUCUGACAAAUGAAAUGAUUGAUGCUCAUGAUUUAGCAGAUGAAGUAGAUGAUAAUGAGGCCUUAGUAUCCCUUAUUCAGACAGUUAGAUCGUUUGAGAACAAGAUUAUGGAGUUGAUUGAGAAGAUUAGGAAUGAUGAAGUCAUGAAUUUAGCUCUGCAAACAAAUGAUGACUUGCAAAAGACCCUUCGAAGAUACCGAAAAGUUGAACAUGGCAGAGCUCCCGAAGCAUUUAACCCCGAGUGCAGAAAAUUCCUUCCAGGAUACCAAGAAGCCUCAAAGCCAGCAAAACAAUCCAAGCCCAAGCCAGCCCCCCAGAGGCAAGCACCACAAAGACAAGCUCCUCAGAGUGAUAUUUUUGGAGGAAGUAGUUCAGCUCCAUCUACUUCUUCAUCAGGUCCUUCUCCAUCUCAGCCAGAACGAUCUCAGAAAUCUUCUGAGACUGACAUUUUUGGGGUAGACUUUGGAGGAAGUUCAGCUCCGAGUAGUGAACCUCCCAAGGAUGACAAUGUCAACAAGCUUAAUGAUAUCAUGAAGAACAUGAGUUUAAACAAUAAUCCACCAUCAAAUCCAAGCCCAGGCAUGUUUGCUACAGGAGGACCUCCAAUGGGAGGAAGAGGAGGUCCAAUGGGAGGACCUCCACCUGGUGGCCCAAUGGGAGGCCCAGGUCCAGGAAUGUUUGCAACUGGAAUGCCUGGAGGAGGUCCAGGCAUGUUUGGAGGUCCAAUGGGAGGCCCCCCUCCAGGAGGCCCAAUGGGAGGUCCGAUGGGAGGUCCAAUGGGAGGACCUCCACCUGGUGGCCCAAUGGGUGGACCAGGUCCUGGAAUGUUUAGUACAGCAAUGCCAGGCUCUUCUGGAGGAGGAUUUGGUGGAAAUAUGGGAGGUGGUGAUCCAUUUUCUGGUCCAAGUCUCUUCGGCAAUAAUAGUUCAGGUCAUAACUAUGCUCCAGGAGGAGGACCCCAAGCGUUUGCUAAUGACUCAAAGUAUAACAAAAAGAAGGAAGGACCGAAGGAAUUCAAUACUCUCUUUUCAAUGGCUGAUAAAAUAUCAGAUAGAACUAAUCAACCAGUCAAUAAAGUUGAUGAUUAUGUAACUGGCUACAAAAAGAAUGUAGAUGAGAUGGGAUCAGCUCCUCAGAGAAACAACAUGUUUGGUGGGGAUAGCAGCCAAUUCAGUGCACCCCCAGCUGAUGAUGGGUUUGGAGGAAUGGGAGCAAACACCUUUGGAGGUGACCAACAAAAUGAUAAUUAUGGAGAUUAUGGAAACUCAGCAGGAGAUGCCUUCGGUGGAAAUGAUAAUUUCGGAGGAGGAGAUGCCUUUGGAGGAGGUGAUGCAUUCGGAGGACCAGACCCCUCACAAUCAAACGAUAUGUUUGGAGGAGGUGUAGCAGACAAUUCAAGUAGUAUACCUAUGGGAGGACCUCCUGCUCAAGAAUCUACUAGUUGGAUGGAUAACGAUACAGGAGAUAAUAAUGAUAUUUAUGGUUCUUCUGGGAAUGAUCCAGAUCAAAAUAAUUACGGAGGGGGACAAGAUUAUUCGUCAAAUGAUAUGUAUGGAGCCCCUGAUAAUUCAAAUGAUUAUUACGGAGGAGACGAUCAACAAAAUUCUAACAAUGAUGGCUUUGGAGGAGAACCUCAGAACCAAAAUGAUGGAGGAUACGAUAGCUACGGACAAUCUCAACCUCAGACAUCGAAUCAACAACCAUCAGCACAGCCUAAUACUUCUCAGAGCAACCAAGAGGACUUGUUUGACAUAUUCGGAUAACUAUUAAUUAAUCAGUAAUGAAAUCAACUUUGUGUU